UAGAGGAAAUUAUAUCACAGUGUACAAGGGAACUUAAAUGAUGAUUUCCGAUAAAUUUGACGCCUAUGCUCGAAGACCAGUCCGGUCAAAACGGUUGGAGUUUAUGCUUACCCAAAGAGCGAAAAAGCAUAGCACGAAGCGAAGAAGAAGGAAAUGGUAUAAAGUGCGUACCUAAGACGAUACGAUGAGAGACGUUAAAGUAGAUACAAUCGAGAAUUAAUAGUCUUCCUGAACAACCACAGGUAUUAGCCAUGACAAAGGAAAUAUUUCUUCUCUAUUUGUUUUACUUGGUCGUAUUCGCCAAGGCAUCUGUUGAAGUUGAAAGUGCGUAUGUUCCAGAAAUGAAUAACCAAAACGAUGAUAAAAAUAUCUCUUUACCUGAAUGCACAUUCAAUGUCACCAACUCUAGUAUAGAGUACUUCAGGUCUAAGUUAGCAGUGUUCGAAUCAGAGUUCAUAAGAUUUCGGAUUCGCUUGAUAAAUUCUACAGUCGUGACCAAAAUUUUACCAGGCGUAUUUCAGCCUGACCUGUGGGUGUGGACAUAUCGCCCUCCGCAUGGAAACUAUUCUUACCUCAGCUGGAACUUACAGUAUGGAUUACUUAGCUUUUCCAUUCUUGAAACUCAACUAUACGUAAUACGUCACAUUGAUCUCUUGACGACCCAGAGCGAAUGCUUGGUCACAUUCGGGGAAACAGAAACAACAAGCAGUAUUUCACAUUCUCUGAUGAAGAUGGUUGACGUUUCCGAACAUAACGUUCCGAAGUAUCAACACAAUUACAUAUGCUACCUAUCGGAGGUUCCUGGUAUCAAGAAUAGUUUCGCCUACAAAGCCGGGCUUUACCUAAGUUUCCCGGUCACAUUCAUCAAUUACAAAUGCUGCACAUACGGGUACUCAUUUCAAAAGGUGCAAUUUGUUAAGUCCAACUGCAAUAUGUUUUUUGAGAAGUGGCAACUGCUAACGUAUGGACCAUAUUUUCUUGGCGUAACUCUACUGUUGAUUUUUCCCAUUUUGCUAUUUGCGAUGUGUGCAUGCAUUUCUAAAUGCGAUCAAAUCCUUCCAAUGAAUGUCGAAAUGGGGCAGUUUAUAUUAAGAGAUACAAUCGAGCAAAACUGGGUUUAUCUUGAUGGAAACUCGCCUGUAACAGUAUUUCAUGUUUUGUCACAGCCCCUUAAUUGCUUUAGGCGUAAACAUCCCAUCCUUGAUUCACGUCUCAGAUGUUUAAUUUGCGUAUGUUUUGCACCUAUGUUUAUCUAUUUACAAUUGUACAUGUUUAAAGAUGGUUAUGUUUUGUCAUAUCAUGAACCCGUUACAAGGAUUUCCGUCAGAGAUCUGGUCAAGUUUGGCAAACCUGUAGGGUUUCUUGCGCUAUAUGGCGAUAUGUCAGACAUGAAUAAAGCAUUUGUCCCUAUUCUUGGUGGUCCAUUUGGUGUCAUAAUACUGUACUUUUCACUAGCCCUGAUUUUGAUAGUUUGUCCUAAAAGUUUAAAGAAGAUCGUAAAUAAUGGUUUGCCGCGACAAAGCGAUGUUUCAGCCUUGUUUCACGGCCUUGAGGAGAUACCAAUGUCAGAAGCGUGUUAUUGCGACCAGGAAAAAGUGUAUGAAAGAGCAUCAGAAAUUUGCAAGCAAAGAGUUUACUUACUUUUUUCUACUGAUCAAUGGAGGAAGGUAUUCAGCAUCCAAAGAAAGAGAUUUGAGAGCCACCCCAUUUGCCGAGGUUUGAUGAGAACGAUAAUGGAGACACUGACGUUCCCAUUUAAAGCAAUGUUAUGUGUGUUUGAGGUAUUCAUCUAUAUUCUAUUCUUUCUGUUUCCGGUAUUUACUUUCAGCGUAAUAAUUCUCAAAGGUGCAGUUGUUUCAAUAAUGUAUACUAGAAAUUCAUUCAAAAGACGUGGCAGUAUAGUCAGUAACCAUGUAAUUUGGUUUUUCAUUACCGUCUUUAUUUUAGGGGCCGUCUUUGUAUUUGGUUAUUGCGUCUGUCUAGUGUUUCUUGAAAGCUUCAUCUACCUAGCCCAGAUGGCUAUAUACUGUUUUGUUGCCCUAAUUUUGUUUCCUACCAUAGCAUUUGGCUAUCUGUUUUUCUUUGUGACCCUAAUGUAUUACUUGGCACAUUUAGUUGGAGACUUUGGAGAUGGGUAUUCGCGACUGUUACAGAUCGUCGUGAACAAAUCUAUAGUAUUGGAACAAGCUGUAAAUGUCGUGAUUUACAAUGAUAAGACAUUGGAGAUUAUAAAUGUCAAUCAACACUUCGAAACUGUAAAACUGAACGGAGAAGAAAUAGCUAUUCCAAUAGAAACACAGAUCAACAUCCAGUCAAGGGUUAGUCAUGUACAAAUGGUGAUGCACAAACAUUUUGCACCCGGAAUUCCACGGGAACUGUUCGACAAAAUUGUUAAGGAAAAACGACCAGUAAAUGCGCAGAUAGUGCACUUACUUGUUCACCUCACUAUCAUAAUGUCUCUAUAAUAAUAACAGUAACAUUGACUUUAGUAUCUAAGUUCAACUCGGCGUUUAAUACUAAUGAAUCUGAAGUGUUGCACAUUGUAUUCACUGUCAUUGUUGGAUUCAUACCCAAACUGGUAGAAAUGUUUCUUAAAGGAGGGAGUGACGCUGGAAGAAAGGAGAUCGAGGAAAAAGAGAUAGGAGAAAUCGUUGAAAAGUUCUGGACAACUAGGGAUUGAACCUAAAGAUAAUCCCGGUUUCUGAGAAUUUGUAUCCCGACUAUUUAACAAUUACUUAGUGUUGAAAUUGACAUGAAUAGUUGAUUUGAUGCUUAUGUAGGUAUGCUGAAUUUGUUGAAUGUGCUGUCUUAGGUAUGCAUAAUUACUCGGCGACGUUAUGGAACUUAAGCUAAUUGAUACUGUUGGAAGCUUAAUUAUGUAGCCCUAAUAUACCUUAUCUUUGAAUUUGUUGUGAUAAAGACGUCAGAUGUUUUCGGUCAAAACUGUUGUGGAAGUUGGUGUCGUUUUAUGAUGUGCGUCUUGUAUAUUUGAUGUUUUCUUAUUUAAAAAAAUACUUCAGUUUGGUAAGAUUAAAAUGUUUCGAAAAAUUGUAGCCUGUAGUUUUUUUCGAAGUAUUGUGUUGUCUUAAGUAUUAAUAUAAAUUGUUUGUGCUUCUUUUGUUUGGUUGUUCUUUUUAUUUAAUAUAAAGAACGUUUAGCAGUAGGUUUAUUGUUACUAUUACCGCCAUAAAGUUUGAAGUAAUGCGCCGCUUAGAAAUCACUAGCAUAAUUCGUCGGUCAGAGAUUUAAUACUUAAGGAAUGUCUCUUUUGGUGAACACUUGUGCUAUGGGAUAGUUGCAGAUUUGUCUGCUUUCAAUUAUAUUGUUAUACGGCUGAUUGUUCAAGCAAGGUUUCUGUUAACAAUCUGCUACUUAUGUUCACUUAUACAACAUUGUUUAUAAUAAUUAUAUGACCCAUGCUUUUACUUAAGAAUGAUUUCAUACGGAUGAAGAAACUUGAAAACUGUACAAAUAUUGAUAAAAUAUGGUUUGGCCAUUAAUGUACUGAUGCACAAAGGUUUUAUUUAGAGAUACAUCGGCUAUUUGAAAAUGACAAAACUGACGUAAACAGGUUUUUUAUGUGACCGAAAAAUACUUAAAAGACUAUUGCUCGAAGAAAGAAACAGGAAGUUUAUAGAAAAAGAAUCAUAGAUAUUGAAAAAUCUUGAGCAAAAGUAGACCUAGUUUAGGAAAUAUUAUAAGUUUUAUCUUCCCAUAAUCAAAUGAAAGACCACUUGAUAGAAAACAAAGAUAUUGUCUUUGCUCCAAUAACAUCGAAGUGGAAGAAGAAUGUCACCAUGCUAGUGUUUGUCUGUCUAUUUAAUUGAAGGCAAAAUGUAAAGACAUUAUGUUACGUAAGAACAUCAACUGUGUUUAAAUAUCUACAUUUCUUACAAACAGAUAAUAUAAACGUAUAAAGCAAAGCCUGUUAAAAUUUCCGUUAAAAAUAUGUGAGAACGUAAUUUGGUUGAAAUUGUUAAUCCUCUGGCCCCAAUUUCUUCAAACUUCUUAAGUCCCUUAUAACAGGAUUAAGCUAAACCCACUAUUUUCAUUUUUCAAUAUUUUGCUUUUUAUAUACUCCUUUACAAGUUUUAUUCCUUUAAAUUUGAAUUAUCGUUACAUUUAUCACAAUAAACUAUUUCUCAUUUAACAAAAUUCACUAUAAGUAUGUAUUUUGGCUGUUUGAAAUAAGCAACUUAAGCCUGUUCAGCUUAAGAAGUUUCGAGAUAUUGGGGCCAGGUUUAAAUAUAAAUAUUACAAAAAUAGUAUAAACGUUUUAGUAUCGCAUGUCAUUGUAAUAUUUUUGUAUAUGUACUCUUGUAGAAUUGUGUUUGUUUGUUACUAUACAUAUACACGUUGACGUAAUUUAUUGUAAACAAAUGUGUUGUAGACGAUGUACAUUGUAAAAGGCUGAA